AUCCCAAUAGAGAAAAUAAGUGUAACAAGCUUAAUUUGUGAAAUUUAGGCACAUGAGCAGAUACUCGGAGGGCACAACAUCAGGAAGCAUGGAAGAUGAAGAUUUGGAGAAGAACAAUGAGAAGACAGCAAUGGUGAGAAAGAAGUCAGAAGAAGUUGUGGUGGUGGGAAGCAAUAACAAUGGUGGUUCAGAAAUGCUUAGGAAUUUUAUGACCAAUUUGCAAGCGGUGUUUCUUGGUACUAAGCUUGCUGUGCUUUUUCCAGCAGUUCCUUUGGCUGUUGUUGCCACUUUUUAUGGCUUUGGAAGGCCUUGGAUUUUUGCUUUCAGCCUUCUUGGACUUGCUCCUUUAGCUGAACGUGUCAGCUUUCUGACUGAGCAAAUUGCAUAUUAUACUGGUCCAACAGUUGGAGGGCUUCUGAAUGCAACCUGUGGCAAUGCAACUGAGAUGAUCAUAGCAUUAUUAGCACUUCAUCAGAACAAAGUAAAUGUUGUGAAGUUAUCCUUGCUUGGUUCCAUUCUCUCAAACCUUCUCUUGGUUCUUGGAAGCUCACUCCUCUGUGGUGGUUUAGCCAAUCUCAAGAGAGAGCAAAGAUAUGACAGAAAACAAGCUGAUGUAAACUCACUGGUUCUGUUGCUGGGGUUGCUAUGUCAUUUGCUGCCAUUGCUGUUCAGAUACUCCUUAGGAGGUGCUCAUCAUUCCAUAGCCACUAACAUUCUUCAGAUGUCCAGAGCAAGCAGUGUUGUUAUGCUUCUAGCAUAUCUUGCUUACAUCUUCUUCCAGUUAAAAACUCACAGAAAAUUGUUUGAUGCACAAGAGGAGGAGGAAGAUGAAGAGAAGGCAGUGAUAGGAUUUUGGAGUGCAUUUACGUGGUUGGUGGGUAUGACAUUGGUCAUAUCCUUGCUUUCUGAAUAUGUAGUAGGAACAAUCGAGGCUGCUUCAGAUUCUUGGGGGAUUUCUGUAAGCUUCAUUAGUAUAAUUUUGCUACCAAUUGUUGGAAACGCUGCAGAACAUGCUGGUUCAAUCAUAUUUGCUUACAAGAACAAGUUGGACAUAUCUUUGGGGGUGGCUAUGGGAUCUGCAACUCAAAUUUCUAUGUUUGUGGUUCCAUUAAGUGUGGUUGUUGCAUGGAUAAUGGGUAUAACAAUGGAUUUGGACUUCAGUCUUCUUGAAACUGGAUGUCUUGCUUUUACAAUCAUAGUUACAGCCUUCACUUUACAGGAUGGAACUUCACACUACAUGAAAGGAGUGGUUCUUACUCUGUGUUACAUUGUCAUUGCUGCAUGUUUUUUUGUUCUCAAAACUCCUCUAACAGACCAAAAUUCUAUGGCCAACUUUGGAGCUAAAGCAUGGUUUGAAGGCAUCAACAGUUGAAUGAUUUUGCUUCCCAUUCUAAGAUAAAAAAUUUGACUAAACCUUGUCUGGGAUGAACUGCAAAGGUGGAUAUUUGUAUUCAUUGAUAACUGAGGCUUUGAUGAGGAACUUCGUAAACUAUAAAAGUAGAGACUAAUUUCAAUGCUUUAUACAAUAAUUCUUUCUUCAUAAUAAGACUUCACAUUCACAUUGUGGGUUUGAAA